AUUUUACUACUGUGCAGACAUCUUUCUUACGCACCGACAUCCUGCCUGUAUUAGUGAAUGAGCAUAUUCGAUGCCGCCCAAAGGUACAACUAAGAAGAAGGCAGCGAACGAUGGUUCCACAACGCAUACGCCUACUCUCUCCGAGCAGCUGUCUUACCUGCAAAGCCCUCGUCCAUUCAAGAACCCAAACUACACCAAAAAUGCAAAUCGUCGAACUAAGAACUUGAAGACCGUUCUCGGUCAGGAACGGGAGAGAGAACGUGUCGAAAGGGAGAGGCGGAGACAAGAGAGAGAUAGUCAGGCGAUGGAUAUUGAUGGCGAAGUUAAGAUAGAGCUUGUUGAGGCGGAUGAGGAAAUUCCAACUUACUUAUCGAUUGAAGCACCCCCGUCUGUUCUGCCACAGAGACACUAUUGCGAUAUUACAGGGCUAGAGGCACCGUAUACCGAUCCUCGGACUGGACUGAGGUACCAUGACAAGAGCGUUUAUGAACUUAUUAAGAACCUCAGCCCAAGCGCGGCGAAGGACUAUUUGGCUGCAAGGGGUGUGAAUCCUAUCGUCCGAUAGCCUGUUGUUUUCCAUUGAAAUGGAUUCGUCAUCAUUCCCAUUGUGGCACCAACUGCUAUCACUGGUGGUAGCUAAUUGCAUAGUGCUUGGGUGUAAUUUGCUUGAGCUUACACACUGGUGUAACACUGCAGCUGUAGGCGAUAUAUGAUUGGACAUGUGACAAACAUAGGAUUUUCGAUAUGAAAGCCUUUGGAUCGUUCGUUUGCCGUUUCGUAAACACCCUCAAUGCAAGGCUGGAUGGCCGAGUGGUCUAAGGCGCUAGAAUCAGGAUCUAGUCCGAAAGGGCGCGUGUUCGAAUCACGCUUCAGUCAUAUUUUUUUUCUCUGCCUUCGUUGUUUUUGCCUCUUGCUC